GGAAGAGAGAGAGAGAGAGAGGGACGGAAAAGAGAGAGAAACUGUGUAAAUGGCCGGAAUGACGGUGACUCCGGCGCCAAUGGCCGUUACGGACAUGGGUAAUGGAGGCAAUAAUGCUGUAACGGCAUCGUAUGUGAACUCGUUUCGCAUAUCUGCUGUAGCGGACCGCUUAGCGAUGCACGUCCGCGCUACGCCAAAAAGCAACGCUUUUGAGUUCUUCAAUCUCUGUCUCUCCCUUGCCAGGGGGAUUGACUAUUCUGUUGCAAACCAGGAGGUUCCAGGUGGAGUUCAAUAUUUACCUAGAUUGUUGAAACAGGUGACUUCUAUUAUACGAUAUGGUUGUCAAGUUUAA